AUGUCGUUCAAGAGUGCUUUCAGUAAGCUGAAAAGGAUCCCUGAAGCUCAGGACAAAUUUAAUAUAUUUACAAGCAUAAAUUUGAAAGCUGAGGACCAGUUGAGGAAUUCCUAUGCAAAUGGCAUAUUAAGUAAAACGUUAGUUGGUGUUAAGGAUAAUAUAAUUACAAAAGAAUUACCAACAACAUGCUCCUCUAAAAUCUUAGAAGGUUACAAAUCACCUUUUGAUGCUACAGUGGUGGAGCUUUUAAACAAUGCUGGUGCAACAAUCGCUGGAAAGACUAAUAUGGAUGAAUUUGGUAUGGGUUCUGGGGGAAUCCAUUCAUAUUUUGGCCCUACUUAUAACCCGAUUUUUGAUGAUGAGAAGAUUAUAUGUGGUGGUUCAUCUUCCGGCUCUGGAGCAGCGGUUGCUGCAGACGUAGUUGAUUUUGCAUUAGGUACAGAUACUGGCGGUUCUGUGAGACUUCCAGCAGCUUAUACAUCUUGUAUAGGAUUCAAGCCAUCAUAUGGCAGAAUAUCUCGAUUCGGGGUCAUUUCGUAUGCACAGAGUUUAGAUACAGUUGGGAUUAUGGCGAAAGAUAUCGGACUGGUUAAAAAGGUUUAUUCUGUUUUGGAUAAGCACGAUCCUAAAGAUCCGACGUCACUAAGCGAUGAGCUCAGACUGAAAGCCGCAAGUUAUCACUCUCAAAAAAAGGUGCUCAAGAUUGGUAUACCAGUAGAGUUACUGCAGCCAGGGAUGAAUGAGGCGAUGAAAAAUGCUCUAAAUAAAGUUGUUGAGAAGUUGCUGGCUAAAGGACAUGAGUUGUAUCCGGUUUCUAUUCCAGCGGUUAAGAAUUGCUUACCAAUUUACUAUACCUUGGCUCCAGCAGAAGCUGCUUCAAACCUUUCUCGAUACGACGGUGUUAGAUAUGGCUAUAGAGAUGCUGAGAGUGACGCAAAAGAUGAUGUCUUGUUUGCUCCAACAAGAGCAAACUUUGGGAGAGAAGUUCGGGAUAGACUGCUUUUGGGUAACUACAAUUUAUGUUCUGAUGGGUUUCAAAACAACUUUUUGAAGGCUCAAAGGUUAAGGGUUGCAUUAAUAGAUGAAUUUGAUGGGAUAUUCUCAUUCCCGAAUGUCCUAACUGGUAAUAAACCAAACCAGGAAGGUAUUGAUCUGCUGCUUUCUUCGACCAGCAUGAACCUCCCCGCCACUGUUGAAUCUUACACCAAGAAGGACACAAAUACCCCUAUAAGUUCUUAUAUUAAUGAUAUCUUUACUCUGCCUAUGUCACUUGCUGGCUUACCAUGUAUCUCUAUUCCCGUUAAUGAUUUAAAAGGUGUAGGUAUACAACUAACGGCACAAUAUGCCAAUGAUAGAUGUGUGCUUGAUACAGCGGAGCAUAUUCUGUUGUGA